AUGAACUACAUGGUUCCUAGCUCACUAUGUUCGUCGAUUGGUGACAUCGGUUUUGUUGAACUUCUAGGCAAGGCCGCCGUCUAUGAAUUGAGGUCCAACCCCUACUCCCCCUUUCAACCUGUAGAAGUAGGGGUUGGAGAGGCAAAACUGGCCCAACCCCUACUCCUCUCGUUUCGGCCGGUUGCAAAACGCGGGAGGGAAGUUUCAGCCCCACGCCCCGCCCGUCGCCCCCACCGCCGCCGGCCGCCUCCGCCCUCCCGCUCGCAUCCUCCGUCGCCGGCCCCGUCGCCCGCGCCGCGCUCCGUGCCCUCGCCGCCGCUCGGCCGCCCCGCGCCAUGGACCCGGCUGCCUCCGCCCUCCCGCCCGCCUCCUCUCGUCGCCGGCCCCGUCGCCGCCCGCUCCGCCUCAAUUCCGCCCGGCCCCAACCUCGCCGUCCACCUCCGCUUCCUCCGCCCCGGCGCCCUCGCCCGCCUCCGCGACGCCAGAGCUCCGCCGCGGCCGGAGGGCCGCAUCCCGCCCGGCCCCGCCCUCGCCGUCCACAUCCACUUCCUCCGCCCGCAUACUCGGGCGGGGCGCCGCGUACGCAUACGCCGGACCCGAGCACUCACCAGGUGA